AUGGAGUUUACUUUGAGGCAAGAGGCUUUAGUUAAUAGCUCAUGGGAAGCAUUCAAUCAAAAUCUUCCUCUCUUCAGCGUUUUGUUCUACACCUUUAUAUUGGAGAAAGCACCUAUAGCAAAAAACAUGUUUUCUGUUCUAAAGGAUGCCAAUGAGAUACCUUUGGCCAAUCCUAGUAUCAAUGCUCAUACUGAGAUGGUUUUUGAAAUGGUGCGUGAUGCAGCAGCUCAACUCCAAACAACUGGACAAGUAGUAUUGGGAGAUACUACAUUAGGAGUUGUUCACACUCAAAAAAGGGUUGAUGGCCUCCAUUUUAUGGUUGUGAAAGAAGCAUUGUUAAAAACAAUAAAAGAAGCUGUUGGGGAUAAAUGGAGUGAGGAGUUAAGUAAUGCUUGGGAAAUUGCUUAUGAUGGAUUGGCAGUUGCAAUCAUGAAGGAAAUGAGUUGA